AUGCUGGGAGGCCCAAUGUCCGCUCUGUUGUUUCGGGUGUUCUCAGAGCUGGGCGAGUCGGUACAGCCGGAGCUCGGGGGUGUGAACAUGGCAGGCUUCGGGGCUCCGGUGCUGUUGCUGGGCCCCCCGGGCUCCCGGAAGAGCGGCCUGCUGUUUAUGGCGGCGGUGCUGGCUGCAGAGGAGGGAGCGGGACCGGUGGUCUUCCUGGCCCGGGAGCCUCUGCAAGAAAUGCCCAGAGGAGGGAGGGCGGCCCGGGAUCCCCUCAUCCUGAAGCAAAUCCGAUUUGUGUACCCGCCAUCACUGAGGGAGCUGCUUCAUUUCUUCUCCUCUCUCCAUGUAGCAUCUCCAUCCCCAUCGCUGAUCCUGGUUGAUGGUCUAGAGAGAUAUCUAGCGUCCACUGGCAGCCUUACAGAUGGAGCUCAUAUAUCUGCUCUCAUGCUGGACUCGGUAUCCCAUCUCCGCUGCGGCCUUAUAGUUUCAGCCGUGCCCAACUCUGAAGGGUCAGAUGGUGCAUUUACUGCUAUAGAAAGGUACUUUCCAAACCAGUGUCUGCUCUAUCCUGUCACGGCGGCACAGACUGAGGAGAGACAGUUUAGGGUCAGCUUUACUUCUCCACACCUGCAGUGGGAUCUAUAUGUGAAACAUGAUGGAAGUCUAAGGAUCUCCUUUACUGGUUCCCAAGAGGACAAAUCAUCCAACAGUGAGGCUAAGGACAAAACGUAG